UUGUAAUUAGAAUUGUCUUCCCUUACUUCCGUUCGAUUUUAAAAACAUUUCUGUCAUAUUCCACAGUAGAGUCACUUUUUACCGAAAAUUUUCGUUUCAACCAGCGAAGUGCUGUUUGUUUCCCAGCAAAUAUGACAGAACACGAUGUAUGUGGAAUUGCCUCGGGUUUAAAUGUGCACAUUGAAUACUGCAAUUCCUGAGGCUAUGAAGAUCGGGUGGAUGAGCUUCACACAAACAUUCAACGUGAUGUUCCUGAAGCCUGUGUAACAAACAGUAUUAGUGAUAGAACUGAUUUUUAUUGUGAGUGGUAGAGUUUUGCAAUGGCUACAGAAAUUAGUGUAAAUGUUGCUGCCGAAAAAGUGAUGGAAGAUGACUCAAGUGACUCAGAUGUUAAUAGUUCGGAACAUGUGAUUAAUCAUCCUCAUGAACCUGACUUCACAAAAUCACAAAAUUGCUCUGAUGAUUUAAGCACAAGCAGUGAAAACGACUUACCUCAAUUGCUUCAUGCCCCAUUGAAUAAGGAAUGUAUACCUGUUGAUAACUCACAGAUUUCAAUCAGAGCUAAAAGAGGUCGUAAAAGAAGAAAAGAAUUUACAAGAUCAGAAAACAAAAAGAGAAGAAACAGUGGAUUAAGUUGUAUAGGCACGACACAAAAAUUCCCAGCCAAAAAGUUGAAAAAAAGCUGUGAUUGUAAACGACUAAAAUGUAACACAAAAAUUUCUGAACAAAGAAGAAAUACCUUGUUCAAUGUUUACUGGGAGUUAGGAGAUAUAAAUAAGCAACGGCAGUUUAUUAUUAACUGCGUUUCAAAACACAGCAAAGAAAGAAAAAGAACUAAAAGUGAUAAUUCCAGAAGAAAUUCAAGCUUGAAAUAUUGUUUUUGCAUCGAUGAUGUUGAAGUGGAAGUCUGCAAAAUAUUUUUUCUUAACACACUUUCAAUUUCAGAAACCACGGUAACAACUGCUUUAAAAAAAGGUGCAAAUGGAGUGGUCGAAGGUGAUAAUCGUGGAAAAACAAAAAGAAAUGAUGAGCAGAUGAAUCAUCGCAAAAAAGAGCUUCGUCAGCAUAUUUUAUCACUUCUACAAGUUCCAAGUCAUUAUUGUAGGUCUUCAAGCAACUUACUGAGUCUCUCUUCAGAAUUAACCUUGUCAAAAAUGUAUGACAUGUAUAAGGAAGUAUGUAAUGAAAAGGAAACACAACCCUUGAGCUACACAAUAUACUGGCAAACUUUUCAGUCAAUGAACCUAAGUUUUCAUUGUCCCCAAAAAGACCGGUGUGAAACAUGUGAAAAGUUUCGAAAUCUAAACAUUGAAGAACAAGAAAAAGAAGCAGAAAAAUUUGAAGUGCAUCAUCAAAAGGCAGAAAAAAAUUGUGAAAUUAAAACCAUUUUGAAGCAAAAAGAUGACAGAACCAAAGUCACAGCUGUUCUUGACUUGCAAAAAGCUCUUCCUACUACGAAAUCUGAAGUCUGAUUAUUUUAUGAUUCUCAAAACCACUCGACAUAAUGAUAUAACUAAUGAUGAAGUUAUUUGUUUUGUCUGGAAUGAAACAAAAUCUGGUCGAGGUAGUAAUGAAAUUGGCAGUUGCUUGUUCCAAAUGCUUAGAUAAUGGGAUGCAAAUGGAGCAAAAGGAGUGAACUUCUUUAGUGAUGCAUGCCCAAGACAAAACCGUAACUGAAACAUUCUGGCUUUGUUUCAUGCUUUCAUAAACAUAGAAGCAAAGAACAUCAAAGUAAUUAAUCACUACUUCUUUGAGUCUGGACAUAGCUAGAAUGAAAACAAUUCUGUCCACUCUGUGAAUGAAUGUGUAACAAAGCACUUCGAAGUGUUUAUUUCUGAACAGUGGUACAUGCUCAUUAAAUCAAAGAAAAAGAGCGACUAUGUUACUGGAUUGGACCUAUCACAAAUUUAUGAUUUUGCAGAUGUUGUAGGUUAGACAGUGUCUAGAAAGGGAACAGCAAAAGUUUCCAAAAGGCAGAUUAUGAGUUACAGAAGGGGGAAGUUUUGUACAGUUAAUCUGCAUUGAACGAGCCUGUGCCACUAAAUGCGACAUUUAAAAGAAUUAAAAGCAUCCAAUAUAAACUUAUAAACAAAGAGGCUUCCAAGCCCAUCCAAAUAAGCAAAAAGAAAGAUUUAUUAAACUUGUGUCAAAAAUUUGCUUUUCCUAAGCCAUAAGGUUUCUAUCAAAGUUUAAAACAAGUUACCCGUGCGAAUGAAGAACAGAAUAAGUAAUGUUAUUUUGGCAAAUUUUUAGCAUUAAGUUUUGCAUGACAUCAUAAAUAUCUUAAGGGGUUUGAAUCAUGAUUGUUAUUAUGAUGUUGUUAUUAGAUUCUUUGUAUUUUGAGAUGAAAAUUGCGAAUUCUUGCAGUGUAUGGAGAUAUUUGCCUUACAUGAAGUUUGCUUAUUUUGUGCUUUUUUGACUAAUGAUACUUGUUCACUUCAAAUUAAACCUCGUUAUAUAGGGUGUCCAUAAAGUCUCUUUACCAUCUAAAAAAAAUAUUACAAAGGCAAUUGAUAAGAUAUUUUAUUCAGAUUUAUUCUAUUAUAUUCAGUGUUUACUAAAGUUUUUAAUCACAUCCCGGUAGAUUGGAAGGGAUGGGCCAAUUCCUUGGCCACCAGAUAUCACCAGAUAUCACUCCCCAGGACUUCUUUCUAUGGGGCUAUGUUAAAGAUAUCGUGUAUCAAACAAAGAUACGGGACAUUACUGACCUAAAGCAAAAGAUUACUGAUGUCAUUGCCACAAUUGAUGAGGCUAUGCUACAGCGAACAUGGCAAGAAAUCGAGUACCGUCUUGUGCUUCGUGCAACUAAUGGUGCCCAUGUAGAAGUGUAUCAAAUGAGGUAAAAAAACAAACUUUAAUAAACACUGAAUACAAUAGAACAAAUCUGAAUAAAAUAUCUUAUCAAUUGCAUUUGUAAUAAAGUUUUGAAAUGGUAAAGAGACUUUAUGGACACCCUGUACAUUGUAUGCUUAUCAGCUAAUUCAGUUGCAAUUGCUCAUAAUUCAUCCAUAAUGCUUUAAUCAUGUUAUUAAGCAAAAACCUUUUUUCAGUAGAUCAGUAUGUUGCAAGUUUUAAGGUUUUGUUUUUUUUUGCAAAAAUUAGUAAGUCCAAGAAACAAAAUUAAACUAAAAAUUAACGAAGCCGUGGACAAAAAAGUACUACCAAAAUGUUUUCCAAUGUUUCUUAAAUGACUGCUUUGCAUUACAUUGUACUUUUUUUUUGUAUAUAUUAAGAAUAAAGUGAGCAAUGUAAAAUGAAAUGGAAUGGUGAAACUUUUUUUUUUCUCAAAAAGCAACAUUUUGGGCUUAGGACAGUUUUGCAUAAUAGCAAUGAUUUGUGUGUACAUAUCUGUCUGUCUGUCUAUAUAUGUAUGUAUAUAUGUAUGUAUAUAUUUGU